ACGGUAUGUCGAGCACACACGAGCGUUCGUUGUGCGUCGUGAAUCUUGAUAAUCUCCAUGACCAUACAAAUUGUUGUAUGUGAAAACGUCCAUACUGAGCACAUACGACGCACAACAUGAGCACACAUGCUCGGUCUGUGCGUGCUAUAGUGUGGACAAUGUCACACCAUUUUAACUUUUAACGGUACUAAUAAGCGGUUACACGUCUUUUUGUUUUUGAUCGUAUUCGCUGUUUUCGUUUGAUUUUCACGUGACACUAUGGCAAAUUUUUCACCUUCGACAAAAAAUCCUAUGGGAAAGCCUAUUUCAUCAGGUCAACGUAUUAUGAUAGUAAAUUCAUAUAAGAUGGAAUUAAGAAAAAAUCCCAAUAUAACUGUUCGAGAAGCUCGGAUUUAUAUAUCGAAACAACUUGGCAUCGGACAACGAACAGUUUCAAAUGUCAUCAGCGAAUAYAACACCAAAAAAACCGUCACCUCACCGUGCAAAAUACGCAUAAAGACAUCAUUUAAAGAUAAGUUUGAUGAUUUACAAAUGAAUGCAGUACGUGUWCAUGUUCAUUCAUUCUGGUUUAACAAAACAAUACCAACAUUGGACAAAAUACUGCAAGUUAUUAAAGAYGACGAAACUUUGCCAGAUAUUUCCAGAAUGAAUUUGCAUCGUCUGUUGAAAUCGAUGGAYWUYGUUUACACGAAACGCAGUCGCAAUAGUGCUCUUAUAGAAAAAGAUGAAAUUGUAUUGUGGCGUAGACGAUAUUUAGAAAAUAUUCGUAAAUAUCGUGAAGAAGGCCGGCAUUUGUACUAUCUCGAUGAAACAUGGGUCAACGCCGGCGACUGUACYGGCAAAACGUGGGUAGAAAAAACAAUUAAAUCGCCUCGUGAUGCAUUCUUACGAAGUCUCACGACGKGGUCUCAGAAUCCAUCCGGCAAAGGUAAGAGGCUCAUUGUUCUUCACAUUGGGUCUGAAGAUGGGUUUGUGCCAGGUAGUCUUCUGUGUUUUGAGUCAAAAAAAACGACGGACUACCAUGAAGAAAUGAAUGGUGACACAUUUUACGACUGGAUGAAAGACGUAAUACCACGACUCAAAGAGAAUUGUGUUAUCAUAAUGGACAAYGCCCCAUAUCACUCUGUGAAAAAAGAAAAAAUUCCAAGCACAACAACAAAAAAAGCAGACAUCAUAAAAUGGCUACAGGAAAAAGGUGAAAUAACAGAUAUUUAUAUGUAA